GGUGGACAGAGAUGCUGAGAUUGAGACGGAUGGUGGGGACGAUGCUGUGGCAGGGACGAGGCGGAGCGGUACGGCGGAGCAUGGGCGCGGUGGCGGUGGACAGGGUGCGGGUGGCCGAGGUGGAGGAGGCCGCGGAGGCGGGAUGGCUUGCGGGCGGGACCGGAUACGCGCGGGUGCCCGAGGGGCACGCUGUGCACGAUGCUGGGUCGUUUACGGCAGCGUUUGGCGGAUUUGAGAAAGAGGCAAUGCCGAAUGAGCCAGUGGUGCUGCGCGGGCGGGUGGUCGCGAAGCGAUCUGCGUCCAAGUCCCUGUACUUUGUGGACGUGGCGAGCGGGUACGAACGCGAGGCGGCGGUGCAGGUGAUGGCGACGGCCAAGGCGUUUGACGGGCCGAAGCAGGCGUUCCGCGGGGCGAUGGAGGUGCUUGCGCGUGGCGACUGUGUGGCGGUGACGGGCGUGCCGAGCCGGACACAGCGUGGACAGCUUGCGCUCAUUCCAUCCGAGGUGCGGGUUGAGGCGCCGUGUGUGACGGCGGAGGCACUGCCGGAGCCCGGUAGCAUGCGGCGGGCGGAGAGUCUUGCAGCGAUGCCGCGGGCGGGCCAGCUCUUACUUCAACCGCACAUUGUCAAGGCGGUGCGGGUGCGGGCGCGGAUGCUGCAGCGGCUGCGGCGGGUGCUUGAUGGCGACGGAUUUGUCGAGGUGGAGACGCCGAUUCUGGGCGCUGCGGCCGGUGGGGCAACGGCGCGUCCAUUCGUGACCUUCCACGAGGCAACCAAGCGCGAAAAGGUCCUCCGCAUUGCCCCGGAACUAUACUUGAAGCAGCUCGUGGUGGGCGGCCUUGACUCGGUGUACGAGGUCGGCAAGGUGUUCCGCAACGAGGGCGUGGAUCCGACACAUCUUCCCGAGUUCUCGAUGGCCGAGCUGUACACAACUCGGCUAGGCCUUGACAAGCUCAUGACGCUGACUGAGGACAUGGUCCGCGGCUUUGCGGCUGACGCGGCCGCUCUGGAUGCGGCCGGCGGAAGUGAGUGCGCGGGCGAGGUAGCGGCGUCGGAGCCCUUUGGUCGCGUCGAGUUCAUGGAAGCGCUCAACGCUGGCCUCGGCUUUGAUCUUGAUCUUGAGCUGCCAACGGACGAACUGCGGAAGGUGCUGCGCGAGGCGGCUGUGGCGUGUGAGGCUGUGAGCAAGAACGUAGCGGAUGGAAUGACGGCAAGCGCGCUGCUGGAUAAGCUUGGGGGAGUACAUGUGGAGGCUGGGCUUGCCGGUCCGAUGUUUGUGACGGGCCAUCCGCUGCUGCUCUCUCCGCUGGCCAAGGAGCGCGAGGAUGCUCCUGGCGUGGCGGAUCGGUUUGAGCUCUUUCUGGGACCGGUUGAAGUAGCAAACGGGUACAAUGAGAUCAACAACCCGCUGGAGCAGCUAGUUCGGUUCGAGGGCCAGACUGAGACCGGAGUGAGCGCCGAUCCAGAGGUGCCUGCGCCUGAUGAGGCGUACUGCAACGCGCUGGCGUACGGCAUGCCAAACACGGUCGGGCUCGGGCUUGGGCUGGACCGGCUUGUGAUGCUCCUAACGGGUGCGACGUCGCUCCGCGACGUGGUCGGCUUUGUGCCGUAGAAGAAGACAAGCAGAUUGCUUGCGUUUAUCUUUUACGGAUAUAUUUGUCCAUCGCGCAAGCCGUGACCCGCGAUGCUCCACAGACGUCGCAACGUCCAUCAAUCGCGGUAAUAAAGAGCAGUACAACGUG